AUGAUAAACUGGUGGAUCUUUGUCUUGGUUGUGCACGUGGAGCAGCUCAGUGCAGGAGGGAUCGACGGCCCAUGUGAAGGCAGAGACUGCUCUGCAUGUCAGUGUCUUCCUGCCAAAGGUGCUCGGGGAGCUCCAGGUAAGCCAGGGAGUCGAGGUCCACGGGGAUCAAUGGGACCGUGGGGACGUGGAGGGCGACCUGGAGAUAAAGGCAGGAUGGGAGAAGCAGGAUUACAUGGACCAGAGGGGCCCAAAGGAGACCGUGGCCCUACUGGUCCUCCUGGAUUUCUUGGUGAGAGUGGUUUGGCAGGUCACCCUGGGGCAGGUGGUGAGCCUGGUUCACCAGGGGUAGAUGGCUGUAAUGGGACAAGGGGUCAACCAGGAGUCCCUGGUUUUCCUGGCUUGGAUGGUCUCCAUGGGCCGCCGGGAUUACUUGGACCUAAAGGAAUUAAAGGAGAACCUUUGUAUGGUACUACCCUUCCAGGACUUCCUGGGGACCGUGGGAGAGAUGGAGAACGUGGCCUGCCCGGCGACCCUGGAGGAUCACUGGCAGGCGACAAAGGCGACAAUGGUGAACAGGGCCCACCUGGCCCACAAGGAGCAGAAGAAAUCAUAGAAUUUCCUCCUGAAUUUCUUCCAGCUAAAGGUUACAAGGGAGACAAAGGUUUGCCUGGACUAUGUGGACCAAAGGGAAUAACUGGUUAUCAAGGAGAUCCAGGUCUUCCUGGUAACACCGUCUAUCGCAAUGGAAGUGAUGUGAGAGGUGCUAAAGGUAACCGUGGAUAUCCGGGACCAUCUGGACUCCCAGGGGAACCUGGGUACAUGGGCAUGCAUGGGCCUCCUGGUCCACCAGGCAUAGCAGAGGGGGUAGGUAGGCCUGGUCCACCAGGCCCCACUGGUCCUAAGGGCUACAAGGGAGAACCAGGAAGGUACAACAAUUUUGAAAUCAGCCCAUUUCCGGGACCCAAAGGAACUAAAGGAUCCUCAGGAAUUAAAGGUGUCGUAGGUCCCCCAGGUCCUCCAGAUUACUACUGUGAGCCUGGUUACCCUGGAGACCCUGGUGAUGCUGGACCCAAAGGACUUCCUGGAAACAAAGGCCUCAGCGGAAUUAAAGGUUGUCCAGGAGAAUGUGAAUGUAGGUCUGGUGUGGGGAAUGUAGGACCUCCUGGUCCAGUUGGUUUUCCAGGGCCUCCAGGUUUACCUGGACCUGAAGGACUUAAGGGGGACCCAGGACUGAAAGGAGGGGACGGGCUAAGAGGACCACCAGGAUUUCAAGGAAUUCCUGGUCUGAAAGGCCAGAAGGGUCAGAAAGGUGACUUUUUUGGGAUAGGUCUUAAAGGUGUGAAGGGUGACGGAGGCGUCCCCGGAUAUUCAGGUCCUCCUGGAGGUAUAGGUAGCCCAGGACCGGAUGGCGCCCCUGGCCCUGUGGGAGACCCUGGACCACCAGGUGCUGGGUAUGCAGGAUUGCCUGGUCCCAAAGGUGAUCCAGGUGCUACGGGACGCAAAGGAUUACCAGGACCUGCAGGUCUCCUGGGUAGUUAUUUUCCAGGACCAAAGGGGUCGCCCGGACCUAAAGGAAAUCAGGGGUUUCCCGGCUCACCAGGGAUUCCUGGACGACCAGGCCCUCCAGGCGAAACGGAGACAUGCUGCGAAGAUGAUGAGAUUGGCCCUCCUGGUCGUAAGGGUGAACCAGGUUCACCAGGAAUUCCAGGUGCACCUGGAAGAGAGGGACCGCUGGGAACUCCUGGGCAACCAGGCCCUAAAGGCAUGAAAGGAGAUGACGGUGUAACAGGAGGGAUUGGACUGCCAGGACGUCCAGGUUUAACUGGGGAUCCGGGUGACCCUGGUCCCAGUGGAAUUAGUCUGAGUGGCCCUCCAGGUGCUCCUGGGUUAGCUGGACACCAAGGCAGAAAGGGUGAACCAGGAGAAGCUUUCUCUUCCAGGCCAGGUGCUCCUGGCCCACCUGGCCUCCGUGGGAUUACAGGGAAAUCUGGCCUGCCUGGAACUCCUGGAAACCCAGGAUCACCAGGUAUCCAAGGCCCAAAUGGACGACCAGGCCGUAAAGGAGAGCCAGGUCCCCAGGGUGACCCUGGACCCACUGGCCUUCCAGGCCUACCCUGUACUGCAUGUGACCUGAGGGGUCUACCAGGACCUCCAGGACCUCCUGGAAACCCUGGGCCGAGUGGAACAUCUGGCUUCUUUGGUCAGAAGGGUGUGAAGGGGGAUAUAGGUCCGCCUGGUCAUGGACGGACGGGUCCACAAGGUUUUCCCGGUCCUCCUGGUUUGCCAGGUUCUGCUGGACCAAGGGGCCCCUCUGGCCCACCAGGAGAUCCUGGACCAAAUGGCUGGCCUGGAGUGAAAGGUGAAAGGGGAUACCCUGGCAGGCCUGGAACAAGAGGCUUAUCAGGCCGUCCUGGACCUCCAGGACCGAAUGGUGUACAAGGAGAGAGGGGUUUGAAUGGUCGCCCAGGUGACCCAGGAUAUCCAGGACCUCCUGGUCAUAAAGGAUCAAAGGGCAGAAGGGGAGAUCCAGGUGAUCUAGGUCCUGAUGGAUUGUCUGGCCAGGCAGGUUUUAAGGGCAUCCCUGGAGAAUCUGGAAGGUCAGGAAGACCAGGACCUCCUGGGUAUACUGGAGCUAAAGGUUUCCCUGGGUCAGGUGGACAUCCUGGGCAUGAUGGAGAUCUGGGAGAACCAGGACCCCUGGGUAAUAUCGGUAUCUCUGGGCUACCAGGAUUGCCCGGUGCCAAGGGUGAUCCAGGGCAGACGUUUGGACAGCCUGGUGCACCUGGACCCAAAGGAUUGCCAGGGGAGGAUGGACCCAGAGCACCUACAGGGAGUCCUGGAGACCCGGGUGACCCAGGAUGCAUAGGAAGACCAGGGCAACCUGGACAAGCAGGCUUUACUGGGGAACCAGGAGGGGAAGGACUGCCAGGCUUCCCUGGGCCACAUGGCCCAUCAGGUCUUCCAGGUUUUCCAGGGCCUCCAGGUGAUGGAGGUGGUGUGGGACCAUUAGGCCCACCAGGCCCAUUUGGGCCUCCAGGACCUCCUGGACCACCAGGUCUGGAUGGACUGAAUGGGCUUAAAGGUCCAGUGGGGAUGAAGGGAGCACAUGGUGUAGAUAUCCCUGGCCCUCAAGGACCAGAUGGUUUUCCAGGAGCCAAAGGUCUCAGGGGGCCCCAAGGACCUCCAGGAACCACUUAUGAUGCGUCUAAAGGUCCAAGGGGCCCAACUGGCAAUACAGGUUUUCCAGGCUCACCAGGUGGACCAGGUUACCCUGGCAAACAAUGCCAAACACCUGUGCCAGGGUCCUAUGGAGAAAUAGGAUAUGAAGGACCUCCAGGCCCCCCAGGUCCUCAUGGAGAACCUGGACCACCAGGCAGCACCAGUAUUCUGCACAAAGGAGACCCAGGACCAGUUGGUCUUCCUGGGUUACCAGGACGAAAGGGAAGUAAAGGCCUCCCAGGACCUUCUGGACUUUCAAACCACCAUGGACCUACCGGACCCAGAGGUGAGACAGGUUCAAGUGGACCAAGGGGUCCUCCGGGAUCCAAAGGUCCUCCAGGUGCUCCUGGACCCCAAGGCCGAAAGGGUGAAACUGGCCCAGCGGGAAAUAGAGGUGCAAAAGGUGCCCGUGGUGAUUCUAUCAGUGGAUACCCAGGACCAGCACCCCAUGGACCUCCAGGACCACCUGGUCAUUCAGGAUCUGAGGGAUUCGUAGGUGACACGGGUCCACCUGGAACUCCAGGACGUAACGGAGAGAAGGGUCCUAAAGGGCCUGUUGGCCUCCCUGGCAGAUCAGGUCCUCCUGGUCGCAGUGGUCCAGUUGGAGAUCCGGGAAAUGUUGGUGAACAAGGAUUUACUGGACCUCAAGGUAUCCCAGGUGUACCUGGUGAUCCUGGUUUCCCAGGCCAUAGCGGUGCAGUUAGAUCUGGCUUCAUGUUGGUUAUCCACAGUCAGUCAGUUCUGGUGCCAGAGUGCCCCACAGGCAGCAGUCAACUUUGGGUGGGCUACAGUCUCAUUUACCUGGAGGGUCAAGAGAAGGCUCACACACAAGAUCUAGGCCAGCCUGGCUCCUGCCUCCCUGUUUUCUCCACCAUGCCUUUCUCUUACUGCAACAAAGCUGCCUGUUACUACUCUAGUCGCAAUGACAAAUCCUACUGGCUCUCCACCACUGCUCCCAUGUCCAUGAUGCCGCUCUUUGGCACGGCAAUUAAAGCCCACAUCAGCCGCUGUGUGGUGUGUGAAACAGCUUCACCUGCGGUGGCUUUUCACAGCCAGGAUCAGUCUGUCCCUCCAUGCCCAGCUGGCUGGAGGAGUUUGUGGACGGGCUACUCUUUCCUCCUGCACACAGGGGCAGGUGAUGAGGGUGGCGGCCAGUCGCUGACUUCCUCUGGUAGCUGCCUGAAGGAUUUCCGAACGUACCCCUUCAUUGAGUGCCAGGGUGCGCGGGGCUCCUGUCACUACUUUGCCAACCUGUACAGUUUUUGGCUGACUACCGUGAGUUUGACAGAGCAGUUUACCACCGCGACGCCUGACACCAUUAAAGCAGCCGACCGACAGCGACGCAAAGCCAGCCAGUGUAAUGUCUGCCUUAGGCAACUAUAAUGCACCUCCUAUCACUUUCAGUUGCAGUUUGUAACCUGUUUUAUACCCAUGCUUUUUAAAAAUCUAAGUCAGAUUACCAGUCAGAGUUACAGAGAGAUUCUAAUAAAUGAUGUUUAAUAUUAAAAGUAAAAAUCUGUACAUAUAUGCACAUACCCACUACCUGAACAUCCGAAGAACAACUUAUUCUUAAUGUCAUUAUUUUCAAUAAGGUGCUGAUAUUAAAGAUAAAAUAGCACCUUGUGUGCUAGAAUAAUUGUUUAGUAGGUGAUCCUUUUGUGCUGUAACUUAAGAUUUUGUUUUCAAUAAAAAUUUUUUUACCUAA